AAAGCCCAACUUGGGAAUUCAACCAUCCAAAUUACCCUCCCAAUAACCUCUCACUUCUUCUCUAUCAUCACCUCUUAAACCAUGAACACUGAGCCGCCGCCGCCGCCGCCGCCGCGGCUUUCACCGGCGACGGGACCCGAAUCCGACCCAAGAGCUAUUCAUGCACGAGCCAUCGUCAAUGGUAUCUCCGAUCGAUCCCUCUACAACAACCUCAUUACCCUCUACUCAAAAUCAAACCACUCCUCUUACUCUCUCCCUCUCUUCACUCAAAUCCCCAAACCCAACGUCGUUUCCUGGACGGCCCUCAUCGCCACCCAAUCCGACACAUUCCCCUCCCUACGACACUUCAUUUCAAUGCUCCGCCACCCGACACUGCCCAACCAGCGCACGUUAGCAUCUCUCUUCAGGACCUGCGCCGCCGUGUCUUCUCUCUCCUUCGGUCUCGCCCUCCACUCUCUUUCCAUAAGGCUUUCGCUUUCUUCGCAGCCAUUUUCUGGGUCUGCCCUUGUUCAUUUCUACUCCAAAUCUCGUUUGCCACUCGAUGCACGUAAGGUGUUCGAUGAAAUUCGUGACAGAGAUGAGGUUUGUUACGCUGCUCUUGUUGUUGGUUUGGCUCAGAAUUCUCGCCCCAUUGAUGCUUUAGCGGCUUUUUAUGAGAUGAUAUCUAGUGAGGUUAGGUCCACGAUGUAUAGCGUGUCCGGCGCGCUUCGAUCGGCGGCCGAACUCGCGGCUUUGGAGCAAUGUAGGAUGGUUCAUGCUCAUGCCAUGGUUACUGGGCUUGACACUAAUGCUGUUGUUGGAAGUGCUUUAAUUGAUGCUUAUGGAAAAGCUGGAUUUGUUUCGGAUGCGAGACGAGUUUUCGAUGAGAAUUUGAGGAUUAACAUUGUGGGAUGGAAUGCUAUGAUGGCUGCUUAUGCCCAGCAAGGAGAUAAUGAUUCAAUUAUCAAGCUUUUUACUUCAAUGGAAGCUCAAGGGCUUAGACCAGAUGAUUAUAGCUUCCUAGCAAUCCUAUCAUCACUUUCGAAUGCGGGUUUGGAUAUUGAGUCAGAGAGAUGGUUUACGCGAAUGAUAGAAGAUUACAAGUUGAAGCCAGGGCUAGAGCAUUACACAUGUGUAGUGGGAGCAUUCAGCCGAGCUGGUCGGUUAUGCGAUGCUGAGAAAAUCGCCAACACAAUGCCAUUUGUGCCAGACGCUGCAGUUUGGCGAGCAUUGCUUUCGGGUUGUGCUUAUCAUGGUGAGGCCGACAUGGCUUGGACCAUGGCGAAACGAUUGAUCGAACUUAACCCUAACGACGACUCGGCCUAUGUGAUCGUCGCGAAUGUGUUAUCAAGUGCAGGAAGGUGGGAAGAAGUUUCAGAAGUGAGGAAGAUGAUGAAAAACCAGAGGGUGAAGAAGGAAGUAGGGCGUAGUUGGAUUGAAGUGCGCGGUAAGGUCCACGAGUUCUUGGCCGGCGAUCACUUGCACGAAAUGAGGGACGAUAUUUAUAAGAAACUAACGGAGUUGAUGGAGGAGAUAGAGAAAUUCGGGUAUGUACCGGUUUGGGACGAAAUGCUGCAUGAAGUUGGGGAAGAGGAAAAAAGGAAAUCACUUUGGUCUCAUAGUGAAAAGUUGGCAUUGGCAUUUGGGAUCAUCAGUGGAGCUUUCCCACCAGGAAAGGCAAUAAGGAUUGUGAAGAAUUUGAGGAUUUGUAGGGAUUGUCAUGAAGCUUUUAAGUUCAUUAGUAAAGUUUUGGAUAGGGAAAUUAUUGUGAGGGAUGUAAACAGAUACCAUAGAUUUUUUAAUGGUACAUGUACUUGUGGAGGUGUAUGGUAAGAGAUUUCAUUAUAUAAUAAACCAUAUAAUCA